AUGAGACUAUUGUUGGCUUUCAUUGUAUUAGUGGUCGGGAUUAACGCCGACCGGGAGGUGAUUGUCAUACCUCGUGAGCAACCACUCGCUGGUGAACAGCCAGACUACAGACAACAACAACACCUGCAGAUCAAUAAUGUCGGACCCGUUCCCAAAGCCAUUGUCAUCAGCGGUGGUGAUGGCGAACCGGUAGGUGAUAGUCAGCCCCUCAUGAAUGCGGUGCUCAUGAAUGCCAUUCGGAAUCAGAUGAACAGACGCGACGCGAACGGCACAGACAUCCCGGAAGUGGUGAUCGCGGACCCGGAACAGCAGCCACAGGUCGUACAGCAGCUCCAGAGGGGGUCCGGCGAACAGGAGGUCGUGGAAAAGGUGUAUAAACUGCCGGCAAUGACACGAAUGAUCUCAUCCGAGGAGCAGACCGACGCCAAAGACUAUCAGCCCUCCCGUAAGCACCAGCUCUGGCGGAGUCCCAUACCGUUCCUACACGAGGGCUGUCCUAUGCAUAACCAGAUGCAGCACCAGAUCCACACACACAAGAAGUCGGCUAAAGGCUUGCGACGGAGAGGGCGACGACAGCAUAAAACGACUACCACUACGACCACCACAACCGCACCGGUAGUUGAUAUCGAUAACGAGGUACAGCGCCCGCAACUACCGCCUCCUUUGCGCUCACUAUUGCCGUCGAUACUAAUGUCCAGACUUUCUGGACGUCCGGAACCGGACUCAGAAACACCCGAACCUGCGUUCAACCCCAUAGGCGCCGGUAUGCCAGCUCGGGGAGCUAUAAUAAUGUCGAUAUCCCGUCCCCACUCGGACUCAUCACCAAUGCUGCCAUUCCUGGCUCCCAAACCAGCGGCCGAUAUGUUUAGUCCCAUUCCCAGAAUACCACUACUGAUGGCAAUAAUACGGAAACGGCUUAUGGAGUCUUCAGCGCCGGGAGAAGAGUCACCACAACUGCCAGCCCUGCCGGACGUACAGCCUAUUGGGCCAUUCAAUCCAUUUUUGGCACUUUUGGCCAAAAUUCGUAACAGAAUUGUGGAAAAAAGUCAAGAAUUGUCGCCAAAAGAGUUCACUAAUGCUAAUAAAGAUAAGAAAUUUAGCUUCAAUUUCAAUGUUAACCUCACUAUCAAUAAUAAUUAUGGGGACAGGGAGGCCAGGGUUGUCAGGAAACCAUUCAGUUUCCCACUGUUCGCCAGUCUUUGA